GUUUCACCUCAUCUCUGCUGUGUUGAUGGGAGGAAGGACGGGGUGACAGGUGUGCUGCUAAAAGCCUUUUGGAUCAAUGUACAACUCAGUGAGAACUCAGUGAGGGGCCCGCCAGCAAACCCCCCGCCUCAGGUGGAAUCACGGACCUCAGCACUGAUUCAUUGAACCCCACUCCUCCUGAAGGAGGAGGAGGAGGUGAGCAAGCAGAGGGAGGUGACGGAGGCGGCCGACCCCUCGUCCGUGAACUAUGGUUUGUCGUAGUGAUGGCGUGCAUCGCCUUGCUGCUGCUGGCUGUCAUUUUGGCGCUCGUGCUGCACAGGGCCCUGAACAAACCUCCCCUCACCAGAGAGCGCCCCCCACUGGUGGCCUUACCGCUGCAGAAGAGGAGUCCCAUGGCUGCGUCUCCUCCCAGCAAUUCCAUUUUGUUCGACACCGUGCCGGACACCACGGGUUUCUCCAACACUGUAACUCUCAAAGGCUUCACAAUGAAAUUAGAGGAGGUGAUGGAAGAUAAAUGUGAGGCCGUGGAGGAGGUGCCUCCACAAGGAAUGCUGGAGAUCCUCAGCGUGAACUCUCUGAGGCGCAGCGUCAGCCAGGUGAUAGACGGGAAGGUCCUGACACCGGACGAUGAAUCGUGGGAUCCGGACAUUUCGGGUCACGACAGUGGGAUGUUUAUGGAUGACGAGGAAUUUGUGGACACUAUUAAAGGCUUCAGCACCGUGAGGAAGGAGCACACCAUGUUCACCGACACCAACCUUUGACCCAACCACGACCCCUGGAACCUACAGACCGCUCACUUCACAUGUAAAAAUCACUUAAAAUCGCCUUUCUCUCAGAUCUGUCCAGUUAGAGACAGUGUCGUCUCUCAGAUCGAUCACCGCUGGAGGACAUUCCAGAAAGUGAGUGAGAAAGGAAUUAUGACUAACUUCAGCAAGAAGACAAAAACAGAAAACAGUUGAAGAUGUUUGGACGG